AUGAAGUACACAAUUCCCGCUCUUUCCAUGCUGGCCAUGGCCGUGGCCCAGCAGGUUGGCACUGAGGAUCCCGAAGUCCACCCCAAGCUGAGCUGGUCCGACUGCUCCUCUGGCUCUUGCGCCCAGAAGAGCUCUGACGUCGUCAUCGAUGCCAACUGGCGCUGGGCCCACAAUGUCGGCGGAUACGAGAACUGCUACGAGGGAAACAAGUGGACCAACAAGUGCACCUCAGCUGAUGACUGCGCGAAGAACUGCGCCAUCGAGGGAGCCGACUACAGCAACACCUACGGUGUCUCAACCAGCGGCAAUGCCAUGACCCUCAAGUUCGUUCAGACGCACGAGUACGGCAAGAACGUCGGUUCUCGCAUGUACCUCAUGAACAGCGAGACCAAGUACCAGAUGUUCACUCUCAUGAACAACGAGUUCGCCUUCGAUGUCGAUCUGUCCUCCGUUGAGUGCGGUAUGAACAGCGCUCUCUACUUCGUUUCCAUGAAAGAAGAUGGUGGUCUGGCCGACGAGGCCAACAACAAGGCUGGUGCCAAGUACGGUACUGGAUACUGCGAUGCUCAGUGUGCUCGUGAUCUGAAGUUCAUCAACGGUCGGGGUAACAUUGCCGGCUGGCAGCCCUCCAAGACCGAUGCCAACUCUGGUUUCGGUAACCUCGGUGCCUGCUGCGCAGAGAUUGACGUCUGGGAGUCCAACAACGCUGCCUUCGCUCUUACUCCCCACCCUUGCGUGAACAACGAAUACCACGUCUGCGAGACUACUACUUGCGGCGGUACCUACUCUGAGGACCGCUACGGCGGUGGCUGCGAUGCCAACGGUUGCGACUACAACCCGUACCGCAUGGGUAACCAGGACUUCUACGGAAAGGGCAAGACCGUUGACACGUCCAAGAAGUUCACUGUUGUCACUCGCUUCGAGAACAACCGCAUGUCUCAGUUCUUCAUUCAGGACGGCAACACGAUCGAGAUCCCCGGCACUACCUACCCGGGCAUCCCCAACGAGACCGCCGACAUCACCCCCGAGUUCUGCGAGGCUCAAUUCUCCGUCUUCGGAGAGCGCGACCGCUUCAACGAGGUUGGCGGCUGGGGCAAGCUCAACUCUGCCCUCGAGAUCCCCAUGGUCCUUGUCAUGUCCAUCUGGAGCGACAACUUCGCCAACAUGCUUUGGCUCGACAGCAGCUACCCCGUCGACCGCGCCGGCGAGCCUGGCGUCGACCGUGGCCCAUGCCCCACCACCUCCGGAGUUCCCUCCGAGGUCAUCUCCCAGUACCCCAACUCUCAGGUCAUCUGGUCCAACAUCAAGUUCGGCCCCAUCGGCAGCACGUACGAUGUUUAA